CGCAGGAGGGAGCGGAGGAGGCUCAGCCGCCGGGGCGGGCUGUGGGAGCGGAGCGGGCGAGGCCGGCGCCCUCCAGGCCCGACCUGGCGAUGCGGGCCCUGCUGGCAGCCUUGCUGUUGACGCCCUUCUGGGCCGUGGUGCAAAAAACAGAAGAAAGUCUAGGCAAUCAGAGAGGAAAAACCAUUUCAAAAGAGGUGACGCUGAACAAGACUGAAAGAUUAACAAUGCAAGAUUCUUUUUCAUCACAAGCACAAGAGCAGACUGCAAAGGAAGACAGAAGUCAACAGUUUUAUAGGAGGAGCCUCAAAAUAUUGAAAUAUUUGAAAAGCAACAAAAAUAAGGAAGAAGCCCACAAGGACCUUGCCAAGGCAGCAGAAAUGGGAAAUCAGAGUGCUAUGGAGAAACUGGCUGCCGAUAUGCUCUUUGGAUAUAAUGGUCCUCAAAAUAUCACAACAGCUGUAUCAUUAUAUGAGGUUUUAGCUGAAGAAGGGUCUCAUAAAGGCCAGACUGCAUUAGGAUUCUUGUUCUCAUACGGCCUAGGCGUGGAACAUAAUCAAGCAAAGGCACUUGUAUACUACACUUUUGCAAGUAUUGGAGGAGACCCGAUCUCCCAGAUUAUCUUGGGUUAUCGGUUCUGGCUAGGAAUCAAUGUUCCAAUGAACUGCGAGGCAGCUCUUAUCAACUACAGGAAAGUUGCACAUUUCAUUGCUAAACAAUUAGAAGAAAAUGAAGACAUGCCAGUAGAAAAAGUGAGACUAAUGGAAAGGCCUGAAAACCAGAGUUUUAAUACCGAAUUCUUGGACUGGGAUGUAUAUCAGUACUACAGAUUUUUGGCUGAAAGAGGAGACACCCAAAUACAGGUAUACCUUGGACAACUGCAUCUUUUGGGAAGAAAAGGUCUUGAAAGAGAUCAUGCUAAAGCCUUCUACUAUUUCCUAAAGGCAGCAAAUGCAGGCGAUGCAAAUGGUAUGGCAUUCUUGGGAAAGAUGUAUUUAGAAGGAAGUGCUGCAGUGUCUCAGGAUAACGCCACUGCCUUGAGAUAUUUCAAAAUUGCAGCAGAUAAGGGCAAUCCUAUUGGAUUAUGGGGACUGGGUCUCCUUUAUUUUCGUGGUAGAGGUGUCCAGGUGAAUUAUACUGAAGCUUUUAGAUACUUUCAAAAAGCAGCUGAGAAAGGAUUUUCCAGUGCCCAGUUUCAGCUAGGAAUCAUGUACCACACUGGCUCAGGAGUAAGAAAAGAUUAUAAACUUGCCUUCCGAUAUUUUUACUUGGCGUCUCACAAUGGACAACCCCUCGCAGUUUAUCAUUUGGCUGAAAUGUAUGCCACAGGGACUGGCGUGUUUAGAUCAUGCCAAAAUGCAGUUGAACUUUACAGAACGGUAUGUGAGCUAGGAAGAUGGUCAGAGAAAUUCCUGGCAGCGUACUUUGCUUAUCAGGCUGGACGUACUGAUCCAUCUCUGGUCCACUACUUAUUUCUAGCUGAAAUGGGCUACGAGAUAGCUCAGAGCAAUUCGGCCUACAUUAUGGAAUCGGAAAAGGUCAAAAUUUUCCACAAAAAACAAGUAUAUCCCCUGGCUCUUCUUUUAUGGAAGCGGGCAGCAACUCAAGGCAAUGCAUUUGCCAGAGUUAAAACCGGAGAUUACCACUACUAUGGUUUUGGAACCCAAAGAGACCACACAACGGCAGUGGUUCAUUACAGCCUUGCUGCCAAUCAACACAGUGCUCAAGCCAUGUUCAAUCUGGCAUACAUGUAUGAGCAUGGUUUAGGCAUUGCUAAGGAUAUACAUUUAGCUAGAAGAUGGUAUGACGUGGCGGCAGAAACGAGUCCUGACGCUUUUAUACCAGUAUUCCUGGCACGUAUUAAACUAGAAGUUACUCAUCUGCUCCAUGUACAGCUUCUCAAUCUUACUGAAAACUGGAAACUGCCAGAACUGGACAGAAUACUAAGGCUCCAUUGGGAUCUGUUUUUGAUGCUACUCAUUGUUGUUUUACUUAUACUGUUAAUAAACAGUAGAUGGAACUAAAGAGUAGAGGUACAGAAGACUGUUUAAUUAGAUGAUUUAAAAUAUUUUUUAAAA